AUGUAUGUUCCGGAUCAUCUUAGAAGGAAGGAAGCUAGAGAUGCUAUGUAUCGCAGCAAUUCCAGUCUUGACUUGAUAUAUGUUGAACACCCUGCAGGUAACGGCUUACGGCGUGAAUAUGGAAGCCAUGGGUCAAUUGACGUGAUUAGUGGCACUAGUGAGCGGUUCCCCGCAAUGGUACACAAUUAUAGUGUUUUAAACGCGCCUGAUAAGCCAUCAGGAUUGAGCCGUGUAAGUGAUAGAUUCUCUGAAGUCUUAGCAAGUGACCAUGCUGAUGGACCUACACCAAGAGCCAGUGUGAGCCCAAAGCCACGCCUGAAAUUGAACAAAUUGUGGGGUGGUGCUACUCCAGCCAUAGCAAGAUCUGAUGGUGAUGGAAUAAUAUCGUCAUUAAAUGAAGCAAAUAAAAGAAAGCAAUUUGCACACUAUGAUUGCCAGUCACUUAUGGCUAAUUUGAGUUAUGCUGCUGAAAUUCGUGGUGCACUACUCAGUAGACGUCGAAACACUACUACUGGAGCUUCAGCUGCAUCCUUGCUUGCUACCCGUGGUUUACCACCAGGAGAAGAUGCCGUGCCAGAUACUGGGGAUGGUCGUUCAAAUGAAUUACUUGAGAGUUGUCCAUUUUUCAGGAAUGAACUGGGUGGUGAAGAAGAACGUUGUGUAUCGCUUUGCGCUCGUACGGCGCGAGGUGCUAUUCCAGGUCAGUUUGGAGGAUGGCAUCGUCCCAAAGCGGCUUACGGAUUCUCAGUCUUGGAAUUCCCUCCUGGACAAACCCAUUGGCGCAAUGGAUGCCCUUUCAUAAGAUCAAGUUCACCAUUUCCAAUCGAAAGUCAGGAUCUGGGCGCGUUGUACUACCGCAAUUAUUUUUACACACAACCUCAUCAAAAUUGGUUUGGAAUGGACGAAAAUUUAGGACCAGUGGCUAUUUCGAUAAAGAAAGAACGUGUAGAAUUGCGUCGUGGAGGUGGCGACGCCUCAGCACCAGCAUCACAACUUGCUUGGCAAUAUCGUCUCAUUAUACGGACCUCGGAACUACUUACGUUAAGAGGAUCUCUACUAGAAGAUGCUUUACCAACUGUCAAACCAAGUAACAAUAGCGCAACUUAUAACACUAAAGAAGUAUUGGAAUACGUCGCACCUGAAUUACAGCUUAGUUGUUUAAGAUUGGGAGUUACGAAUGGAGGUGCUGAAGAACAACUUUUACGGUUAGAUGAACAACGUGUAACAAGACACUAUAAAGUAGGAGUGAUGUAUUGUAAAAGUGGACAGUCUACUGAGGAGGAAAUGUACAAUAACCAAGAAGCUGGGCCAGCAUUUGUUGAGUUCCUACAAAUGUUGGGGCAAACUGUACGAUUAAAAGAUUUUGAUAAAUAUAAAGCCGGUCUCGACAACCGAACGGACUCUACUGGUCUAUAUUCAGUGUAUACUACGUACCAAGGCUGCGAAAUCAUGUUCCACGUUUCAACAAUGCUUCCAUAUACACCGAACAAUCGUCAGCAGUUGCUAAGAAAGCGACACAUCGGGAACGAUAUAGUAACAAUUGUCUUCCAAGAACCGGGUGCAGCGCCUUUCACGCCGAGAAAUAUUAGAUCUCAGUUCCAACAUGUUUUUGUAGUUGUAAGAGUGAUAGAUCCGUGUACGGAGAACACACAUUAUAGUAUAGCUGUAAGUCGUGCAAAAGAAGUGCCUUUAUUUGGUCCUCCUAUCAAAGAUGGAGCUGUUUAUCCGAAAGGAGAAGCGUUUACUGAUCUUCUUUUAAGUAAGGUUAUUAAUGGAGAAAAUGCUGCCAUCCAAUCGCCAAAGUUUAGUACGAUGGCGACGCGCACUAGACAAGAGUACCUGAAGGAUUUAGCUAAGAACUAUGUUACUGCUACAACUACAGAUACUGGGCAGAAGUUUUCAAUAUUCUCAUCGCUGUUAAUGAAAAGCGGCAGCAACUCGAACAAUAACAACAAUAUAGUGCCACGUCUAGAAGAUUGCACCAACGAUGUCUUGGUCGGUGGUGCUCUUUGUUAUCAUGUACAAGUCCAAGAUGAGGGCUCUGGUGGAGCAACACUGGAUUGUAUCAUGGGUAUAUCACCAGACUCCGUGGUCAUUGUGGAGGAAAACUCUAGACAAAUUGUUUUAGUGCUUCCAACAAAUACUUUGCUAGGCUGGGUGUCGAACGGGUCGUGGACGCGCAUGUACUACCACCGCGGCGAGAGCGUGCGCGUGGCGGGCGCGGUCGCGCUGCUGCGCCGCCUGGCCAGCGUGGCGCCGCCGCACGCGCACGCGCUGGCCGAGCUCGCGCUCGAGCGGGGGGCUGCCUCGCAACUGGGUUUCCACGUGCAACCCGACGGUCUGGUGACACAGGUGGAGGGCGGCGGCGCGGCGGCGCGCGCGGGCGUGCGGCGCGGCGCGCGCCUGCUGGAGGUGUGCCGCGCCGCCGUAGUGGCGCUCCCACACGACCACCUCGUCGAUCUGCUGAAGACCUCGGAUCCUGUUACUAUGCGGCUGACAUUCGCGAGCGCGCGUUGCGAGUGCCAGAGCGCGUGCGGCGAGGCGUGGGCGCAGCAGCCGGCGCGCCGCCGCCUGUCGCCGCCGCGCUCCGACACCUCGGGCUACGGAACUGGUGGUUCAGGCCGCAGCACCACAUCGGGAGGCAACGCGAACAGCGGCGUGGAAGUGAGACGGCGCUCGCACGAGGACGCGUCGCCGCGACACUCGCGCCGCCCGCACUCCGCCGCGCACUCCUCACUCACGGAAGAGCUUAUGCGUCUAAUGGACGCAGAGCUCGGAGACAGGAGCAACCAAAGCGGAAACACAACGGGGAACACCACCGUAAACAGCACCGGUAACGUUACCAGUAACACCACGGGGAACGUUACCGGGAACAAUACGGUCAUUGCGGGUGCGCCGCUGCCGCUGCCCGACGCGUCUGCACUGGACUGGGCGACGCUCGUACACACCGCGACACGCGCCAUGUUACAGAUUUGUGAAGAGCACCAGUAUCCAUCAAUGGACAACUCGGACCCCCCACCUGAUUCGACAACAGAAGUUGGUCUUGAUAACUGGUCUGAAAUCCCUACGAGCGAGUCGCAGAGCCCCGCGGGCGCGGCGGGCGCGGGGGGGGCGGGCGCGGCGUGCGCGUGCGGGCUGGGCGCGCGCGUGGCCGCGCUGGAGGCGGAGGCGGCGCGCGCGCAGCGCACGCGGCGCGCGCUGGAGGACGAGCUGCGCCGCCUGCGCCGCCACAACGCGCGCCUGCGCGACGAGUCCGCGCGCGCCGUGUGCCAGCUGCGACACUUCACGCACUGGCUCAAGCGCACCGUCGACAGACAG